AUCCCGGGAUAUUUUAGCGUCUGCGAACCAAACGACCCCUUCAAAUAUUAGUUAACUUCCGUGGAUAUAGUAAAGUGUUACUUUUGUACAACCAAAAUCUCUCUAGUCAAAAGCCCUAUUGUUUUUUAACUUGAUAAAAGCAAAUCUAAAAGUUAAUUUAAUCUAAUCUGUCUUUUCCUUAAUUAUCUGUAAAAUUCAUCAUGAUAGAAUUAUUUAUUUUCUCUCCAAUUCAAUUUUCAUGACGCCUUUGCUCUAUUUUUUGCUUGGUUUAACGGAAUUUCGGUGGCAAAGCAAUUUUUACAACUGCUUUUUCGAUGAGCUUUAAAGGUGUGUAGAUGAAUGUUCUGUCGAGUUUUGAGGAAUUUUCGUGUAAAGGUAUGAGAGGGUUUGUAUAUGAAGAAUUUGGGUUGUUGGAGCAGAAGAAAUGCGCACUUUGCUUUAGCUGACAAGGAUUUAUGAAAGUUUUUGUUGGUGGUCACGUCUUCCUUAUCAUCAGUAUUUUUAGAUCUGGUUGGUAGGGAGUGAUUCGAUGAAAAUUGUUGGUGAUGAAGACAAGGUUAUUGGAGAUGGAAUUUCUCGUGAGGGGCUAAAUGAAGUUAAGCAUAACGAGUUCAAAGUUGAUAUGACCAGUAAUGAUAUGGUAGAUGAGAGGGCGAUCACAUUGCAAGCUCAGCGUGGUUUGAAAUUGCAAGAACAGCAACAGAGUCAGGGGUCUGCAGUCUGUUGGGAACAAUUUCUUCAUGUCACCUCCAUUAGAGUGUUGCUGGUGGAGAAUGAUGAUUCUACACGACACAUCGUCUCUGCUUUACUUCGAAAUUGCAAUUAUGAUGUUAUAGAAGCGGCCAAUGGAUUGCAAGCUUGGAAGAUAAUGGAAAACCUGAACAAUCACAUUGAUUUAGUGUUAACAGAAGUUUUAAUGCCUUGCUUGUCAGGCUUAGGCCUUCUAUGCAAAAUCAUGAGCCACUACGCACGCAAGACUAUUCCUGUUAUCAUGAUGUCAUCUCAUGAUUCAAUGGGUUUAGUCUUCAAGUGUUUGUCAAAAGGUGCAGUCGACUUCCUGGUAAAACCUAUACGGAAGAACGAGCUUAAGAUCCUAUGGCAGCAUAUGUGGAGAAGAUGCCACAGUUCUAGUGGGAGCGGGAGCGAAAGUGGUACUCAAACCCAAAAGUCUAUAAAAUCAAAAAGCAGUGAGAAGUCUGAAAAUAACAGUGGUAACAAUGAUGGGGAAGAUAAUGGGAGCGAUGGCCUAAAUGUUGGUAAUGGCAGUGAGGAUGAAAGUGGCACACAGAAUUCCUGGACAAAGCAAGCUGUUGAAGCUGAGAGCUCUCUGGCAGUGUCUCCAUGGAAUCAGGCACCUGAGUGUCCAGACAGCACAUGUGCACAGGUUACUCGUUCAAAUCCAGAAACCGCUGCUAACAGGAACGCACAGAUAAAUGCCAAAAGGAAAUGCCAAGAAGAAGAAGACAAGACUGAUCACAUUGCAAAAGAACCCUCCCUCGGCAUACCUACAUAUCAGAAGUCACAAUCUGAAAAUGCAAUUCAGGUUCCAAUCAAACUUGUUGGUGCGGAACAUAAGACCCUGCUGGCAACAGAUUCCAACACAAGCAGUUUGAAGAUGGAUAAACACCAGGCAAAUCUAGAUGGAGAUUUUCCAUCCACUGAAUAUCAUGAUGUGACUGCUGAGAAGCCUCAUCCUCGGUCCAACAGCAGAAGGUUGAACAAAGCUGUGCCGGUAUUAGAAAUCAAUAAUACAACCAUUGGUGAAUCGAAAGAGCUAAGUUUGAAAAGGAUAAGAGGACCAAAAGAACCAGGAAAUACUGCUCGAGAUGAUCGUAGUGUUUUGAGAAAAUCAGAUCUUUCAGCUUUCUCAAGGUAUAAUUCGUCCUCAAACCCUGUGAGGACUCUUAACGGGAUUAAUCUAAGUAGUUCUUUAAUUAAUAAUGGCCAAGAAAUUGCCAAGAAAGAGUCGGUAUGUGAUAUUCCAACUCAGACAAAUGAGAAAUUUCUACAUCCGAGCUCAAGUAGAACUGGCAAUAUUAUGGAUAAGGGGUCCACCACUAAUAAGCUUGCUGUGGAACCAUUACUUUCUAGAGAUAAGGUAGAAGCAACAUCAACAAUUUACGGUUUGCACUCAUCGUCAGCUUUCAAGCCUGCAAAAAUUGACUUUAGAAUCUACCGUCAGCAAGUGCCGCAAGUUCAGCUAAAGCCUUGUAACAUGCAAGCUACAGACAAUCUUGCUCUGCAAGGCUCUCACACUGACAUCCUAGUUCAGCAUCCUCAUCAGCACCACCACCAUCAUCAAUUCCGUGACCUAGAUCAAGAUUGCACUUCCCCCUAUGUAGAUUUCUCAUUGAAGAAACUAGCUGUGGGUGGCCCAAGUUGUGCUUCAUCCAACACUCAAACUAGGCCUUGUGAAGGGAACCCUGAAUAUCACAGUUUGAACAGAAGUGCUUCGGGAAGUAACCGUGGAAGCAAUGUGCAGGACGGAAGCUGCACAGCUAUAAAUGCUGGAGGCACAAAUGGGGAAAGUGAUAACAGGUUAGCUGGCAAAAAUGGAAGUGGUGAUGUCAGUGGCAAUGGUUGUGGAAAUACGAUAGAUCCUUCUAAACUUGCCAGAGCAGGAGCCUUGACCAAACUUCGUCAGAAGAAGAAAGAUAGAUGCUUUAAGAAAAAGGCCAGUGGACUUUAAUUUUUCUAAUCAGGUAGGCAAUACUUGAACCGUCACUUAUGAACCUCUUGAGCAAACGGUAAGAGAAGAACUGAUAAUCUGCUUCAAAGUCAAGUGAUCCUAACUAGUUGAAGCUGGUCUAGUACCUCUCUGCAUCAUACAGUUGAUCGUGGGGGAACACAUAUUUCUAGUUUCAGUAAUAUUCCUUUUGUAUCUUGCACGCGGUCAUUCAGAAAGUGAUAGGAGUACCUUCUAUGCAUAGCGAGUUGAAUUUUAGAAGGAAUGAGGUUGACCUGAAAAGAGUACAUACAUUAUAGACCUAAAAGCUAUGUGGCGAAAUGCAUGCAACAAUCAAGAUGUUCUCAUUUUCUGUUGGUUUGCUGAAGUCAAAUGCCUAUACCAUCCAUUUGAGCCCUGAUGUUGUUGUAGUAGUAGUAGUCUUUUUUACCUUGAAUUGUAUCUUUUGGUUUGAUACCAAAACACAGACAGAGACUAGCAGAACAGUGACACGUGUUCAAGGACAAUUUCUGAGGCAGGCAAAGCAAAAAGAACCCAAGCAAUACUGUGAAUGAUCAUUGAGCCAUACUUCCUGAUCUUGCAUGCAUUAAGUUUGUUUGUUCAUAAUAGUAUCUUGUACUUUGAGUAUUUACUCCUGUGUGACUAUAUAACAUAUAGUAAGAUUUAACCAUAUUUUUUCCCUGGCUGC